CACGGAGGAAGCAAAAAAAAAAUCGCUUCCUGAAAUGCUACUUGUCAGUGACUGCGUCUGUUUGCCUCUCUAGCGCGUAUCGUUUUCUUUCAUUACCUUUUGUUUUUAUUUUGUUUCUUUUGAACCGUGAGUCGAUGCCGACGAUGAUUAGCAAAGUGAAAACCGCUAUGAACACGCUGGUGGGAGGGAUGAUGCCCCACGGCCACCACCAUCAUCACCACCACCAUCACAACCAUCACGCAGCAGGCUCACAGCCCGGAGGAGCGGACGGCCUGCCGCCUCGCUUCCCUUACGGUCGCCCGGACUUCUUGGAGCUCACCCCGGAGCUGCUGCAGUACUCCACCGAGCACGCAUCGCGGCCGGUGCUGACGCUGAAGAGAGGCAGCAGGCUCCCCUGGCACACAGGAUACGCUGAGGUGAUCAACGCGGGAAAGAGCAUGUUGAAUGAGGACCAGGCCUCCUGCGAGAAACUGUUUGUGAGGAAGCCGAGCGGCAAACACCGCAACUCUACUCUGCUGGAGGACAACGGGGAUGGCACAGGAAUCCCACUCUUCUUCUGGGGGGUCUUCGAUGGACACGCUGGCUCCGGUGCAGCCAUCAUGGCCUCCAAGCUCCUUCACCGCCUCAUCAGGGACCGUCUGGGUGAAAUAUACCACUUGCUGAAGAACCACGGCUGCCCGCCUCCCAUCUGCUUGGCCAAAAACGGCAGCCCCUACCAGGUCGAAAGCAAGAAGGGGACAGCGCAGGAACCGGAGGAGCCCGAUGCCGUCAGCGACUCUGCCAUGCGCUUUCACAUGGAGAAGGUGGUCAGUCUGGAGAGCCUAGUGAUGGGCGUCAUUGAGACCGCCUUCAAGCAGAUGGAUGACCUGAUAGAAAAUGAAAAAGCAUCCUAUGCCAUCUCUGGUGGCUGUUGUGCCUUAGCUGCCAUUCAUAUGAUGGGCAAACUCUAUGUGGCCAAUGCUGGAGAUAGCAGAGCUAUUAUAAUCCGGAAUAAUGAAAUUAUUCCCAUGACGAACGAGUUUACACCAGAGUCAGAGCGACAAAGGCUCCAGUAUCUGGGCUUCCUGAGGCCGGAGCUCUUGGGCAAUGAGUUUACUCACGUUGAGUUCCCACGUAGGAUCCAGCACAGUGAGCUGGGCAAGAAGAUGCUCUACAGAGACCACACCAUGACUGGAUGGGCUUACAAGACAAUUGUGGAAGAUGAUCUGAAAUUUCCCCUCAUAUACGGAGAAGGUAAAAAGGCACGAGUUAUGGCAACAAUCGGAGUGACUCGCGGGCUGGGAGAUCACGAUCUGAAGGUGUACAACUCCAACAUUUACAUUAAGCCUUUCCUGUCCUGUGUCCCUGAGGUUCAGGUUUAUAACUUUGAUGACACCAAACAUGGCCCAGACGACGUCCUGGUUAUGGGCACAGACGGACUGUGGGACGUAACCACGGACAGGGAAGUGGCGGAUGCCGUGUCGGCCUACUUGUCCUGCUGUGACCCCUCUGACCCCAUGAGGUACACACUGGCAGCGCAGGACUUGCUGAUGCGAUCCAGAGGAGUACUAAAAGAGCGCGGCUGGCGGCUUCCCAAUGACAGACUGGGCUCCGGUGAUGACAUUACUGUGUUUGUCAUCCCCCUGGCGGGACACGAGGCGGAGACAUGAUCGGAGAGACGCAGCUCUUUAAAAACAGCUGGACCGCACUGGCUGGCCAGAAGAAGACUCGGGGCCGAGCAGCACCUUCAUCAACCUCUAGAUUCGGACCCAGAUCCCUUCACCCUGACCUCAAACCUGGCACCCGAACUCCAGGACAGGAGAGUCUGUCAAUUAGUCUCUUCCCUAGUGAUGGUUGCUAGUGAGAUUGUGUAGUACUUCCUGUUUAUAUUGAAGGCUGGGCAGCUACUAACAUGGACUGUGCAUCCUAAUGCCUAAAAUGUGACUCCUUUUUGUAUAAAACAGCCUCUCUGUAGCACUCGCUCUAUGUCGUAAAGAAUGUGAGGAAACCAAAGAGAUGCCUUCAUGGCAGCAGGAUGGAAUGAAAAAAUAAACAAAAAAAGCAUGAAUUUUAAGUGAUGUAAGUCAAAUGGACCUUUUUGCACGCCACAUAAUCAUCUGUCUGUGGGGGUGUAACAAUAUGCCAUAAUCACGGUUCCGUAUGUACCUCUAAAUAUCUCUAAUAAUUCAAAAUGCUUCUUUUUAGGAAAGUACAACGAUGCAGACAAGUGUGGCUAUAAUCGUUUGAAUGGUCUGAAUUAUUUUAUUUUUAUUAAAUGAAAGUUUCUAAUUGGCUAAAUUGGAGCAUGUGUCGUUCCAGCUUGUACCCCCGUUCCCCCAUUUCUACUACACUGCUUUCGUCUUAUCCAGUUGUCUUUGUCCAUUUAUGUAUUUCACCCAUAUUGUGAGGCUUUUACACUUCAUGUCCCUUAAUGUGUACCGUGUGGGAACUCUGUAAGCCUCUGUACCGUAUCAAAAAAUCUGAAUCAAUCCAGGUACUGUUACACCCCUAUCUGUCUGUAUUCUUCUUUGUUAAUGAUGAAGGAAGGACGCCGAUUGAGGAAUGUUGCUCAUGUGAUGUCAUAUUUUGUUUUUAAAAGUUCAUACAUAAAAAAACAUGGAUAUCACUGGAGAACAACCUCGGUAUAGUAAGUUGUGAUAAAGCUCACACAUAUGCCUUAUUGAAUAAAAAAUGACGCAAGUGUUUGUAUUAUCACAUUAUUGAUUGAGGAUUUUGCCCUUAAAUGGAGUGUAUACCUCUCUUUGUUCUCUAUGUUUUUGUUAUGUUAUUUAGUUUAUCCGUAUAUUUUUACAAGAGCAUGGGAAAUUUUAUUUGUCUCUUUCCGUCCACAAGUGCUUGAUUAGAAAGGUCAUGUAUAUACAGUGUAUGUAUAUAUAAUUAUGUGUAUAUAGGAUAAGGGUGACUAAAAGGGUUUCAAGUCAGAAAUAUAUCACAUUUUUCACAUUUGUGCCUCUUGAUUUUUUAUUUUCCUGUAGCCAUAACAUUAUGUACACAGGCACAAUCUGAUGAGAUCUAAUGUAAGAUGAAAAUAGUUGGUUUUGCCUUUAGCAUUGAUUGACCUUUACGGGUAGGCGUUACAGUAAUUUAACAGGAGCUACUUAUAUUAUUGUGGUUGCAGUGGUGUAU